GCAUAUAAAACUAUAUUGCCCAAAGCUUUCUGUUCUUGUCUCCUCUCGUACAUUGCAAACAUGGCGUCGUCGCAACAUGAACAAUACUGCAGUAAUGUUGAUACUUCAACAUCUAGUGUUCAACAGCAAGGAGAUAGAAAAGCAGGGGCUAUAUCUUUUGGUUUUAGCAAAACUUUAAGUAAAUUUAAAUCUACUCGGGAUGAAGCUAUAGAUGCAGAUGAGCGAGAUUAUUUAACCGGAGUCGAUGGGAAAGAAUUGCUAAGUACCAAGCCUGUGGAGAAGCCGAAGGAGCUGAUCAUUCCACUCAUCCAAAGGAACCGCUGGUGCAGCAGGCAGGAAAACAAAGCUGGCCUGGUCCAGGGGCAAGGUGAUGGAGGAGGGGUUAAAGCCAAAACACAACCCCCCUCUCAGGAGCAGGACUCCGUGGAAUCACAGGCUGUCAAAGAAAUUAUUGAAGAAUCCCAGAGGCAGCUUGACCAGUGGAAAAAUGGGGACCAGGCAGACCCCAACCUCACCAUCCCCCUGCUGAUGCAGAACCAGGCUCCACAGGGGUUUGAGGAUGGAGACCACAUCAAGGUGGACCUGCGACCAGAGUCUUCCACAGAGGCAGACUAUGACAGUGUUCCUGUCGAGGCGUACGGGUUAGCCAUGCUGAAGGGGAUGGGCUGGAAGGCAGGAGAGGGAAUUGGACGGACCUUCAAACAAGAUGUGAAGCCUAUAGAGCACCAGCUGAGGCCUAAGGGUCUUGGUCUGGGAGCUGAUCGCUCUUCCAUAAGAGACCUGGAGCCCAGUGGGCCCCGGAGGCCCCCCAAGCCAGGCGAUGAGCGGAAGGAGGAGACCCUCAUCCUGGGGCCUGGAGGCCAUGUACUGGUUGAGUCUGGAGCACACAAGGACCUUUACGGGAAGAUCGAAGGGGUUGAUCCGGACAAUGCACGAGUAGUGGUCAAGCUCGCAAUUGGUAGCAAGACAGUGACAAUCAGUCAAUAUGCACUGAAACUGGUUGACCGCACAGAAUAUGACAAAAACUGCAAAGACCUUAGUCGCCUCAGCAGGGCCCACAAAGAAAAGGAGAAAGAGAAGGAACGGCAGAGACGGGAAGAGGAGAAAGAAAGGAAUAAUGAAGAUGAGAGGAAGAAAGGUAGAUCUUCUGAGAGGGACAGAGAUGGAGGGAAGGACCAAAGAAAAAGGAAACAUCGGGAUUCAAGUCAGGACAGAGUGAAGCCUAUGGCGAAGCUACCCCCUGCUUCUCCCCCCUGGCUCCAGAGAGACCUGAAAGUUCGCUUUGUAGAUAAAGCUUUCAAAGGGGGAAGAUACUACAAUUCAAAGAUGCGAAUAGAGGAUGUCUUGACGCCAAACAUCUGUGUGUGUCGUACUGAGGAAGGCAGAUUCUUAGAUGAUGUUAAACAGACAAUGCUAGAGACCAUUGUGCCAAAGAGUGACUCGGAGGACAUAAUGGUUGUACUCGGUGAACACAGAGGGCAGGUGGGCCGCAUCCUCCAGAGGGACAGAGACCGAAGCAGAGCCAUGGUGCAGCUGGACAGAUAUGAGGAGAAAGUCUUCACCCUGGACUAUGACUCCAUCUGCCAUUAUGUAGGAGGGGGAGAUAACUGACCCCCUCUGGUCUUACCAGCUCAACCAGUGAUGCAGUGGUAAAAAAAGUGUGUGAAGUAACAUUCCCUGUACUUUCAAUGCAUUUCCCCAUGUUAGGUGGGUAAACGCUCGUGCACAAGUGUGUAAACGGUGUUUACCCUCCACUACAACACUGAUGUCAACAUGCCCCAACGUCCUCUUAGUGGAUAUGUAAUGUCUACAUUUUACACUUUGUCAUAAAAUGCAAGAUUCUCUAUGUACACUGAGUAACUUGUCAUAUUGUACCUUUUUUAAUAAAAUCAUGUCAAAAGCAAA